AUGAUCCAUCGGCACACAAAAUUGCACGGCAAACACAACCUUCAGCCUGGUAGACUGCUCUUUGUUGGUAGCGUUGCCUGGUAUACCGACACAAACAGCCUCACCCAGGCUUUGAAUCAAUUUGGCAAAGUCGUCGAUUCAAUCGUCAUGCAAGACCGCAAAACCGGACGAAGCCGUGGCUUUGGCUUCAUUACCGUGGGCUUGAUUUUAUCGCCUCAAUUGACAACUACUCACCUUUUAUCAACACCCAUCAAGAACCCACCUACCUCAACAUCAUAG